AUGUUACCUGUGUCGCAAGCGGAAGAUAAAGUCUUAAUUGUAUUUAUUGAAAAGCCGAAUGCUAAAUAUUCUCCCUUCAAGUGCGAUGAAGCGCACCCGGAGUGCCGGAACUGCAUUAUCUAUGGCCGGCCUUGUCCAGGGUACCGGCCGGAUGCUGUCUUUCGCAACGAGACCAAGAAAGUCGAGCGGCUCGUGAAAAACAGUGCCAAUAUAAAUGGCCACAGCAACACCGACAGCCAAGACAGCUCCUCAACCUCGGACUCAUCAAUAUCAGCCGUCUCGCACCGCCAACGUGCAAGCUCACAUGGGAAACACCAUGGCAAGGCUACCCUGACGCUAUACUCGCCCGCUGACUCCAGCUGGGAAGAGCGAGCACUGUGCUACUUCUUCGAUCAGUACACCAUCAAAGCCGAUUCCGAGGACGGCGGACAUCUCGAGUAUCUUCCCCCGCUGUACGCGCGCGAGCUGGGUCGCCAGAGCGGCGAAUCGCCGUCUUCAUGUUUGCGCUGGGCGGUCGAGGCCACGGCACUAAUGACCCUUGCUAAUGCGAGGAAUGCGCCACCUCUCAUGAAUAAGGCGCGGCAGGGCUAUGGGCGGGCCUUGCGGGGGUUGCAGGAGGCGCUGGCGUCGCCAGCUAAUGCAGUUAAAGAUGAGACGUUUGCUUCGGUUGUUUUGCUUUCGCUGUAUGAGGAUAUCUCGGGUGAGCGGAAUGGGUUGUUCAGCUCGCAUACGGCUGGGUUUGAGUUCUUGACGAAUCUCCGUGGAAACACCCUAAUGGAUCAUCCUCGUGGUCGAGAUAUGCUUACUUUCGCUUAUGCCCACACGUAUGUUGAAAUCCUCGCCCUGGGAGACAAACCCCGCUGCGAUAUCGAUUUGGUCCUCGGCAUGCUAGACAUCAACAAACCAACCGAGCGCCUCAUUCUCUCUGUAUCGAAGCUCUGCCAGUUGUUCUUACACAUGAGCUCUUCGCCAAACUACCCAGACCAAGCUACCGUUGAAUCAUGGAUCACAGCCGGCCGCGAGUGUGAUAUCGAACUCUCCCAGUGGACACAGACCCUCCCAGACCGAUGGCUCCCACUAGUUGUCUACUCACCACAUGGUGAGCCUCUCCUAACCUACAAGCGCAUCUCUAACGUCGUGGUCUGGAACUACUACCGCGCAGUGCGCGUGAUGGUACAGCAGCUUCUCCUCGGCCUAAACUGCACACUCACCUCUAUCAAAGCAGCCAACAAGCAAUUCUCCAAUCACCAAAAUACCAGCAGUUCCGAAGCAGAGUCCGAGUCAGUUCUCGACGAGCUAGCUCUGAGAGCUAUCAUCCGCGAAAUGACCGCAGACGUCUGUCGCAGCAUUCCCUUCGCGCUGGCUGAAGUCGACUCCCUCGGCCGCCCGAAUAAAUCAGAUAGCCCGUGGCAAAUGCGCGCUGCGCAGGGUUACGGCUUGCUAUGGCCCCUCUGGUAUAUUCUUUCCUCCGGCAUGCCGACUCCAGCGCAGGCGGAGCUGAUCCGCACUGUGUUGUCGCGUAUCGGGUCUACACUGGGCAUUAAAUUGGCGUUGGUUCUUGCUCGUGAGGCGGAGCAGAGAUUAGGAUGA